GGUUGAGUCUGGUUUCCAGGGAAACUAAAAAUCAGAAGCUUUCAGCACUCGGAGCCACAGUGAAAUCCAAGGACCACCAUCCACCGAGAUUCUUCUGGAAAAUAAACCUGCGUCUAAUCACUACCAGCACCAAAGCGAGACGCUCAGUGUGAAGACAUGCUUUGCUGGUGAAAUCUUUGACAGUAUGGACUCCGCUUUGGAUCUGGCGUUCAGCUGAGCUAACCCUCAGUGGUGUGAAACACAUUUCACUUUGCUUCGCCACAAACUCAUCUCUGAACUCAUGGAGGGUCCGGUUUUGACAGAGAGUGAAGUUUGGAAAGUUGGCUCGGAGACCAGCACAAGUAUAAACCCAGAAGACCGAAGCAUUGACUAUCCUCUCAUUAAUGACACUGAUGAAAAAGUGAAAGCACCAGAGAGUGCAGUCCAAGAGGAGAUCAUCCAACAGUCUGUGAAUCCACCUGAACUGCGAAUCGAGGAUUUAUCUUCCCCUCAAACUGAAAUGGAGGUUGAUGAUCCAGCAUGCAAAGAGAGAUGUAAGGAGAUGUGCAUUGAUCAGGAGAUCACCAUUCUGGUGACCAAUCAUGAUUGCAAUUUAGAGGAGGAAGAGGAUGAGGACACAAAUGAAGAGCAGACGGCUUGUACUGAAGCUGUAAUAUCUAGUGUUGAUGUUCGAGAACUGAUUGAUGAGGAUAAUCUUGAUGGAUCAAUUGUUGUGGCCAACAUGAUUGAAGUAAGUCAAAUCCAGAAAACCAACGUCGUAAACAACACCUCAACUAAUACAACAACUGAAGAACAACCUAAAUCUCAAGAGGAUCCAGACCCAAUUUGCACAAAGUCAAACCCACCACAGGAAUCGGAUGUUUGUAGCACACAAAGUCUGAAAGAUCAGCCCACACAGUCUGAGGAUGUAGGAAAAGUCGAUGCAAAUAAAAGCGAACCGGCUAAAGAGAAGCUGGAUUUGAGUCGAUCUCCUAUUCGCACUCAACAUGUGCAAACACAAGUCAGUCUUGAGGUGAUGUACCAUUCGGUGGCCACCAGUCCCAUGACUCCACCAGAAGCUUCUGGAACUUUCAUUUUUCCAAGCACUUUUGGAAAGCUCGCUAAUAAAUGCAACCAGGAGGACUUAGAGACUAAAAAUGUGGAGAUGCAUUCGGUGGCCACAGCUCCAAUGACUCCUUUAGUUCUGAACGCUCCAGAGACGCAUUCUGUAGCCACUGCUCCAAUGACUCCUUUAGUACUGAAUGCUCCAGAGCUGCAUUCGAUAGGCACAGCUCCAAUGACUCCUACAGUACUAAAUGCUCCAGAGAUGCAUUCGACAGGCACAGCUCCAAUGACUCCUACAGUACUAAAUGCUCCAGAGAUGCAUUCGACAGGCACAGCUCCAAUGACUCCUACAGUACUAAAUGCCCCAGAGAUGCAUUCGAUAGGCACAGCUCCAAUGACUCCUAUAGUUCUGAAUGCCCCAGAGAUGUGUUCUGUAGCCACAGCUCCAAUGACUCCUGUUAUUUUAACCGCUCCAGAGGUCAUCCCAGAGCCAGAACCAAGGAUUGGGAUUGUAAUAGAAGAUUCUCCGGAACCCGUGCAGGAGGUAAGCUGGGAUGAAAAAGGCAUGACUUGGGAGGUUUACGGAGCGGUGGUGGAGGUGGCGGUGCUGGGAACUGCUAUUCAGAAGCACCUGGAGAAGCAGGUGAAGAAGCAGAAGAUACAACCUGGUCCGAUUGAUGUCCCGUGUGUGGAUCUGAGCGAAAUAUCCACGCCGAUGCCUUCCAGUCCUCCUCCAAUUUCAGGUUCGGCUGAAAACAUCCAGGAUAAAGGAGAAAGUGAGGAGAAGCCGGUGCAGAUUAAAAGACGUCGACAGAAUCAUGUCCGCCAGUGGUUUAGGAGCAUCCGGAGACCGAGUUGUUGCUCAAGACCACGUCAAGAUGAGGAAUAAAACUAAAAACAUUUAUAAAGUCCAUUGAAACCAUCGUAAUAUUUCAAGCCAGACAAUCUCGACUAAUCCUGAGCAGCUUUGAUACGCACCUUUAACAUUCUUAAAGUGACAGUUCACACAAAAUGUAUAUGUCCUUGCCAUUUACUUAACCUGUUGACAUCCAUACUAGGAAUAAAAACAGUAUGGAGGUCAGUGGCUGUUUUUUUUAUCCAGAAUUCUUCAGUAUAUUUUUUUCAGCAGAAAAAGACGCUUAAACAGGUCUGGAACAGGUUGAGGAUGAAAGAAAUUCACUGAACUGUCCCUUUAACACUUUGAAAAUGACCUUAGAAUCCUCUUUAUUGAUUGUUUUUUUUGUGUGAUUGCAUAAACUUCAGACAAUUACAAUUUUUGCCAGAAACAUCUGGAGAAGCAGGUGAAGAAACAGAAGAUACAGCUUGGUCCAAUUGAUGUCACGUCAGGAAAUAUCCAGUCCGAUGCCUUCUAGUCCUCCUCAAAUUUCAGAUUCAGGCGAAAAUAUCCACGAUAAAGGGGAAAGUGAGGAGAAGACUAAAAGACGUCAACAGAAUCAUGUUCACCAGGGGUUUAGGAGCAUCCGAAGGCUGAGUUUUUGUUCAAGACCACGUCCAGAUGAGGAAUGAAACCAUCAACUGAUCGUUUAUAAGGUCCAUUGAAACCAUCGUAAUAUUUCAAACCUGACAAUCUCUACAAGUCUUGAGCAGCUUUGAUACGCACCUUUAACAUUCCUAAAGUGACAGUUCACUCAAAAUGUUUAUUUCUUCACCAUUUACUUACGCUGUUGACAUCCAUAAUAGGAGUAAAAACACUAUGGAGGUCAAUGGUGGGAUUUUUUUAAAUCCAGCAUUCUUCAAUAUAUCUGUUUUUAGCAAAAAAAAAAAAAAUAGAAGCUUGAAUAAAUGUGGACCAAGUUGAGGAUGAAUGAAGGA